UGGGAGAUAGGCGGGCCAGAAUACAGCCAAUUUAAGAUGAAGGCACGUCUUGGAAAGUAUUGCACUGCACUCAAUGAGUUGGAGUGCCUAGUAGUCAUGCGAUUAUUCGAGCUUUCUAAACUGUCGUUGUCAGGGACAGGGUAUAAGCUACGUCAGCAGAUCAGCAAGGCCCUGCAACAGUGUUCUGAGGCUAUCCGAAAUGCAAUCAAUCGCUACAAUAUCCAGGCAGUUGCUCUAAAUCCCCUGCGUCCGAAGAUUUCAUGGAAAGAUAUUGCUGACUACAGCUUUCUUGGCGAGUUUGAUCUUUUACGCCAUUCACGCACUGAUAUUCGGACCAACAAUUGGGCAAAACCAGCCCAUCGCGAAGCGACUACUAAGUAUUUCAAAUUAUCUCGAGCUCAUGAAGAAGUUAUGCGACUUAAUGUUGAAAUUCGCCGCUUACGCACUGCCAUUCACACUGAAGAAAUUCAAACAACUGCUGUCAUCCAGGAUCUACUCAUUUCGGAUCCAAGACUUGCUCGCGAGCUGCAGCACCAUUGGCGU